AUGACAUUCAAAAGACGAGGCGGUGGCCGAAGCAAGAAAGGAAGAGGUCACGUUAAAUUCGUUAGAUGCUCAAACUGUUCACGAUGUGUUCCUAAGGACAAAGCCAUCAAGAGAUUCACCGUAAAGAACAUGGUUGAAGCUGCUGCCGUACGAGACUUGUCCGAAGCUUCCGUUUACGCCGAGUACGCUCUCCCUAAACUUUACAUCCGACUCUGUUACUGUAUCUCAUGUGCUAUCCACGCCAAGAUUGUCCGAGUCCGAUCAGCUAAACCUGGAGCUAUCAACUCCCGAAAGAACCGACUUCCCCCUCCUAGAGCCGUCUUCAAAGACGGUAAGCGACUCAACCCUGCCGUAGCCGCUGCUGUAGCUUCCAAGGUUGCUCAAGGUGAAAAGACCGCAUAA